AUGGCUUCCCAGAACUGUCUGAGAAUGCUCGCCCGGUCGGCGCCCCGAGCACUCACCAAGCACACCGUCCCCCUCACCCUCCGCACCCCUCUCCCGCUCACGCUUACCCUCCGCCACGCCACCACCGCCGCCGAUGCCGCCCCCGCCAUCCCCUCCAAACAACUCAACACCGCCGAAGACCCACAAGCCGCCAAUCCCCCCCCACCCGACACACCUGGCGUCGUCAAACGCCUGACCGAGUCCGUCCGCUCACUCAUGCCCAGCACCACCGAGACCUACGUCGCCUACGGCGUCACGCAAGAGCUCUACAACGAGUGCGUCGCACAAGCCGCCUACAUCGAGGGCGCCGAGCUCUCCCAAUCCGCGCAAUUCUGGUACGGGACGUGCAAGCGCAAGCCCACCUUCGUCGCCUGGGCGCAGGUCACGGUGCUGCACAUGUGGAUGCUCGUCGUGCGGUUCCGCGCCUUCGAGCCAGAGAACGUGCAGACGUGGCAGCAGCACUUUGUGGACCACUUCUUUUACGACAGCGAGGGCAAGAUGAUACAGGACUACAAGCUGACGUCCGGCGGGCAGAGGAAGAAGUACCUCAAGGACCUGUAUGCGCAGUACCGUGGUAUGAUUGCGGGGAAUGUGUUUGAUGCGGAUCCGGACGUGGAUGUGGAGUUGCUGGCGAUGAUCACGAGUUAUGUGAGGAGGUGUGUGGCGGGGUUGGAUAAGGUCGAUGAUGAGGUGGUGCAUGCGGGGAAGAUCAAGUUUGGGUCGCCGAUGGAGGAGGAGCCGCUGGUGAAGAUGAGGAGUAAGUAUUUGGAGGAUGUGAUGAAGGAAAAGGGGCAUACUUUGAAGAAUUCGAGUGUUUAG